AUGACGCCUACUGGAACAUCGCUCGUCAAAUAUCGAUUAUCUACAAAUAUAAAAAUCAAAUCAACACUACAGCAAAAACAUAUUAUUAGACGUCAUCGUCAUAGAAUAAAUUUACUUAAAUUUGUUCAAACACUUAAUCACAAUUGUAUUCUUAUUAAUCAUAGUAAAAUGUCGCAAGCUUUUAUGCAUGAACUUGAUGUUAAAAUGCAACAAAUUCGAGAAUAUGGUCUUAUUGCUCAUGGUUAUCGUAAUGAAAAUAUUCAAUAUCCUGUACAUGUUCGUCGUAGUCAUGAUGGAGAAAAAUUAUCACAAAAAUCAUCGAAAAAUUCUAAAACAAAUCGUGAUCAUAGAAAACAAUUUUUUUCCAAUACAACUAUAUUAACUCCAUCAUUACAUGAAAAUAAAACAAAAAUAAAACAAAAUGAAAUUAUUAAUCGACAUAUACCAAAUAAUGAACGUCAUACAACAUUAAUUGUUCCACCAAAUAAAACUAUUAAUGAUAUUGAUCCAUCAUUAAAUUAUAAUAGACAAUAUAAAAAUCGAAAAUCAUCAUUAUCAUCAACAAAUUCAUCUGUAACAUAUUGUUCAUCUCGACCACAUUCAAUAGCAACAAUGUCAUUAUCAUCACCACCAAUAACAACAACAACAACAACAACAGAUGAACAACAAAUAAAUUCUCUAUCAAAUUCAUCCCAAACAUUAAUUAAUCCAUCAGUAUCAACAAAAACAUUAACACAAAGAUUCUUUUCGAAAUUCUUCCAUCCAUCAUCAAAGUCUUGA